GAUUACUUGUUCGAUUUUACUGCAUAGUCGGAACUAGAAGCACAAGCAUUUCGCUACACUCGCAUUAACAUCCGCUUAACAUGUGUAUGUGAACAAUAAAAUUUGAUUUGAUGUGUUUAGUGGCAUGCAAGCAGUAUGAUAAGGCCUAGUGUGUUUAACAGUGAUGGGUGUGAAAACACUGCACACAUUCUGAGCAACGGACUGUAAUUUCCUGCAACUGAAAGGAAAUAGCUUUUUCAGGAAGCACAAACUCUUAGCUGGUUCUUUGGAAUUUAACAACAAGGCAGACGACUGUUCCAAAACAACCAGUAACAUCCCUUCGUUAACCAUGGAGGUUGAUACUGCUUUUCUCCGAUCCUUGAGGGGUGUCCUUAAAUUAGUAGAGAUGGGGACUAUGUCUGUAGCAUUUGUGUGUUUUGCGGUAGCAUCCAGGCCCAAAUACAUUGCAGCUACAUGCAUGGAGUUUGUGAUCACAUUCUCCCUGCUUCUGCUGUACACAUUGAAGUUGAACAAGAAGCUGACGUUCUUUUGGCCUCUCGUUGAUUUGUUCAACUCACUGUUUGCAGCAGUCUUCAUGCUUAUCCUGAGUCUGAUAGCAGUGUCCACUUACACAGUGACAGGGACCCUGGGUGGAGGGAUAGUGGGUUUCAUAGCAACAGGCCUGUGGUGUGUGGAUGGUUACGUGCUUUUCAAGAGGGUCACAUUCAAUCAACCAAGAACAGCAGCAACUGGCACUGUGAACUGAAGACACCAUAAUUGUCUCCUCCCAUGCUCAUUCUCUUAUAUGUCAGUGCUUGCAUUUAUAUGUGCAGGUUUAAAGGGGCAAUCAGCAGUUGAAACAAUAACAAAGCUUGGCCCCGGCCCGUUUUGGUAGAAACCUGAAGGAUAUGGGUCUGGAGAAAUGUAACCACUCACAAAUUCAUAGACAGAGCAAUGUAUGCAAGGACUGACCAUCAAUGAUAUCAACAUUAUAGUUUUAACCAUGUUUCGAGGCUUUAUAUUGUAUUUGUUUACAUUUUGUUUGUUUACAAUUAUUGGAGUUAAACAAGCUUAUAUUUUGGGUUCUGAUGGUGUAUGACAGUUGAACUAAGCUCAUGAGGCAUUUAUAUAUGUGUACAUAUAUCAUUAAUUUCUAAAUAAAAAAAUGGAUGUAUCAACUGCAGAUUG